AGUCUGGCUCGAUUUCCAGAGCCGAUCAUCCAAGUGUGCUCCUCCCCUGGGAUUUCGGACUUUUUUAUUGUUCCUUCGAGUCUUCACUGAGGACCGAAACACCACCAUGUGUGCGAAUAUCAUGCAUGAACAGCAAUGAGUAUAUAUGAACAGGUAACGUCUUGCUGUCCAGCGAUCUCAUAAUACACACCUCACAACGUGAACGAACAUGGGACUCUCAUACUUCUAUCUCACAUCUGCUUUUGCAGCCAUUGUACUGUCCGUGCAACUUGCAAAGAUAUUUUACAAUGUCCUCCUUUCCCCUCUCCGCAAGAUUCCUGGCCCAUGGUACAACUCCAUCACAGGUAUUCCAUCGAGAUUCGCAUCUACAGUACAAAAGCGACAAGCACACUAUGCCCACGAAUUGCACAAGAAAUAUGGACCCUACGUACGAUUUUCGCCGAACGAAGUACUCAUAUCAGAUCCCGCAGCCUUCAGAGAGAUUCAUAAAGUCGGAACUCAUUUCUACAAGACCGAUCUGUACAAGUUCCUGAAUCCUACCAAGCCCGGUGAAGGGCCAUAUGGAAUGUUUCAAGCGACCGACCCCGCGCAGCACUCUCGUCAUAGGAAACUUUUAGGCAAAGGCUUCACCCAGAACUACCUUCGCUCCAAUUGGGAGGGUAGAAUUCAGGAACAGGCCGAGUCGCUCAUUCAGUAUCUGAAAAGCGACGCCAAGAAUUCUUCAGGCGAAGUUGAUAUCUACAAGUGGCUGCCCCUCUUUGCUGGCGAUGUCGUCGCAGAGCUUGCAUUCGGGCAGUCAUUCGGGAUGAUGGAGCGAGGCAAACCGGACGAGAUCAUCACCUACGAGAGUGGAAAUACCUUCGCAUAUGCCUUUCCACUGUUGUACCAGAUUGUGCGAUGGAUCCCUCAUCCAAGGAUACAAAGCGCAUUCGGCGGAAAUCAAGUUCUGCUUAAAAGAGGCAGAGUAGCUGUGGAAAACAGCAAGGCAAAUGCGGAUGCAAACAAUCUUUUCGCAAAAGCGGUAGCAGAUGCCGAGAAGGGCGACACUCUGUUGACUGAUGAAGAAAUCGUGAUUGAAGCUGGAGACUUCCUCUUCGCGGGGACAGACACUACUGCCACGACUCUGACCUAUUUGAUAUGGUCAGUGCUGCGCGAUCGAAAUGUCCAGCAAGCCAUUGAGGAUGAAGUUGCUACGCUCAGCGAACCAUACAGCGACGAGCAACUUGAGCAACUCCCGGUUCUCAGCGCUCUUGUCAAGGAGACUUUGCGCCUUUACGGCGCUGCACCAGCGGCUUUGCCACGUGUUACACCACCCGAAGGUGCCAUUCUUGGGGGCUAUGAGAUUCCCGCUGGAACGACAGUCGCAACACAGGAGUGGAGUAUGCACCGCGACCCAAAUGUCUUCACUGAUCCAGAGAUAUUCGACCACACGCGAUGGCUGGAUGGCACGCUGGCUUCGAGAGAGGAUGUGAAGCGAGUCUGGUCACCAUAUGGAGCAGGGAGCAGGAUCUGUGUCGGGUCAAAUCUCGCGAAUAUGGAGUUGAGAAUCGCCACGGCAGCAUUCUUCAGGAAUUGCCGUGGUGCAAAAUUGGCGCCUAGCACGACAGAUGCGAGUAUGGAAGUGGAAAAUGUGUUCUUGAUCGCGCCUAAAGCGAUGGCGUGUAAGGUGGUGAUUCCAGUGGCGGAGUAAUGGGCAUAGACUAGUCAAGAAGAAUGUGAUAAUAUGUAUAACGAAUAA